AUGGCACACUGCUCCACAGUUCUCUGCAAUUAUGAUGGUGUUGAUAACAUUGGUUAUUCUGCUGUAUUUUGCCUUUAUGUUCAGGUGACAUCUCUGGAAGAUGUGCCCCCGCCACUGGUGGAGGUCGGCCCCACCAACCAGACGCUACCACUGCAGUCCGUGGCCAGCCUGCCGUGCCAGGCCAGGGGAGAGCCCCCACCUCGUGUCAGGUGGUACCAUAACGGCAGCCCCAUUGAGCCCCGCAGCUCCCCCCGCAGAACUGUCCUGCCUUCAGGCACUUUGCAGAUCGAUGACCUGCAGACCAGUGACUCUGGACUGUACACCUGCACAGCCAGUAGUGACAGUGGGGAGACAUCAUGGUCUGCCUCACUGACUGUGGGGGGCCUGGCAGGAGGGUUCCAUCGAAGUCCCGAUCCUGCCACCUUCCCCCCGCCACCCAGCGCUCCUCGAAUCCUCAACAUCACUCAGAGCAGCGUCACCAUGUCAUGGGAUCCACCAUCCGGCCCGCUACACUCUCCUCUUAUAGGUUACACCCUAGAGUACUUCAGUUCAGACCUGCAGACAGGCUGGGUAGUGGCAGCUCAUCGAGUCAACACCAACACCAUCAUGAUAACUGACUUGAAGCCAGACACCUCGUACGUGUUUGUGGUUCGUGCAGAGAACACACAGGGUGUAUCGGUGCCUAGCGAGGUGUCGGAGACAGCACACACUCAGGGGACACACCUGCGAGAUGUCCCCGUCCACCAGAUAAAUGAGGCUAGAACACGACUUGCCACCAAGGUUAUACAGCUGCUGAGUCUCACACCAACCUCAUCUACUGCUGUUAGGAUUACAUGGGAGAUCGUAACCGCUGAAGACUAUGUGGAGGGUAUCUAUGUAAGGUUCCGGGAUUUGUCCGGGGGAGCCAACCAAUACAACAUGGCCACAGUUCUCAAUGCCGGGGCUCUCCACUACACUGUGACCAACCUCCAAAAAUACACAAAGUACGAUUUCUUCCUUGUCCCCUUCUUCAAGAUGAUUGAGGGCCAACCAUCCAACUCCAAGGUGGUGCAGACAUUAGAAGAUGUGCCCUCUGCUCCUCCUGAAAAUGUCCAGCUCGGCUGGGUGAAUGCCUCGGCAGCGUUUGUGAAGUGGGCCUCUCCCCCGCCCCAACAUUACAAUGGCAUUCUUCUCGGCUAUAAGGUUCAAGUAAAACAGAACACGAAGGUGAUUUCACAAAUGACUGUGAAUGCCACUACUAUGUCUGUGAUAUUACCCAACAUCUCUGUAAUGGGAGUUCAAGGCAUGGGUGUACGCGUGCUGGCCUACACUGCGGUGGGAGUUGGCCCUUACUCACCCAUGGUGAGUCUGGCGGACGCCCUGCUUCACCCUGCUGCCCAGCCCAGCCACCCCGCCUCCGCAUCAGACACUAUCUUUGUCUUGAUCCUUGUCUGUGGUGCCAUCUUCAUUGCAAUCGCUGUCUUUACUACUUAUUACCUCAAGCGGCGACAGAGUCUCAAGAAGGAGUUGGGACAUCUGACAGUUCCUGUGAUGAACAUGAACGACCUGGGCCUUAUGGGUGGUGGAAAGGACACAUUGUGGAUGGAGCCUGGAUGGGGUGCCAAGGGGCAAGGUCAAGGUCAUCUAUCAGACAGCGAGUAUGCACAAGUAGAUGCACGUGGGAUGUCCACCUUUUACAACACACGAAAGGAGUCUCUCGGCAACCCAACCCCAUAUGCAACAACUACCCUUGUCAACAACAUGGUUCCCAACAACCGUCCAGACUCAACAGAGACUGGGCCACUCAUUGUUCCAAUGGCGAUGAGUUCAUCAUCAGAAGCGAAAACAUCAAGUUCUGGUGACUCGUGGACCAAGAAAGAGAUGAACCUGAACCAAGACAAUAACCAAGAUUUCAGAAAUAUGUCCGAAGGUGUUCCUGUGUAUAUUGGUGAAACUGGCCAAUACAAGGGGCGGUUGUUUUUACCCCCACCUCCCCAACAUCCUCCACCACCACCCCACCAUGGAAGCGUGGCGGUUUUCAAUCAGAACUCUCGUGUUUGUGGCAGUCCUCAAGCCAACAAGAGGUUUGCCAACAGUGGCCCUACGAUCUGCUGCCAAGAGAAUUCGGGUGGACGUAGUGGCAGCAGUUGCAACAGUUACGCACCAUCCUGGCUUACAAGUCAGAGCACGCGGGAACACAGGCAUCCGCCACCACAACAACACCCACCACCGGUACCCAACUAUCCACCUAGCUACUCAGGGUCAGGUAAGAACAGAGGUCACCGAGAGCAGCCACACAGCCAUCGCAGCAACUCUAGUCAGUGUGACUGCCAAGAGAGUGCAUCUCUGCUCUACUCCCACCCUCACAACUCAUCACAAUGCCACCAUGACUGUAAUGCCAUGGACCGAGGUGUGCAGAGCUCUCUGCCCAGUUUACACUCCGAGGCCCAGUACCAACUUGUGGACCACCAUAGGGAGGACGGGUAUCGGUGGCGUAGAGGUGAAGGAGGAGGAGUCGACUACGGAAGCUGGGAGGGGGAAGAUGCCAGCGACACCUGUUGUUCCUGCAGUGAAGCCUCUUGCACAUACGCUCAGACCAAUCGUACACCUGCCAUGAGUCCCCUCACAUCUGACUAGGUUGUGGAAGACCUACUUGAAGACUUGAACACUGAACUUAGCUCGAACACGGUCAGUUUGUCAAUAUUUGAACUAGAAAUAUAAUUUUAGUUUUGAGAUCUAUGAAUUCAAGCGAUAAUUGAAAACACGCUCUGGUCAAAUCUUAGAACCAGUCAGUUUGUGACAGAUAACUACUCAACUCAUUAUUUAUGAGAAUUUUAACAGAUGGUCCAGGUAUCAGCUACUUUUAAUUAAUUAUGUGCAGUUUUGAUUACUUAUUGAAGACUUUCCACAUACCGUUAGUGCUACGCAUUAUUGAAAGAUCGUUGAGCUGGAAUAUAACUGAAGUGUUCAUGGAUAAAUGAAUUUCAAGCGAACGCAUUUGAUAUUUCUAUUCGAUUUUUAUGAAACCUUUUAAGCAUAGUUCAUAAUUUAUCAAUAGAAUUUUUGUAAAUUUUGAAACCAAAAGGUUCAUUAGUGGUAGUGAAGAGAAUUUCAUACGAUUUUACGAGAUUUUAAUUUUGAGGUUUGUGCCUUCA